AUGAAAGACAUACCACCAGGGUCGAUGUCCUCUAUGAUAGUCACGAAUACGCCUGGAUCUUCACCGUGGUCAACAGCUCAUUUUCCUCCCACUGUGAAUCGGAAAAAGACUAAGACUUUGGCUUGGGAUCGAUCACCACAGAGGGUUUGGGCUAUCUUCGACAUUGAUGUUACUGGAGCCGAUCAAGUGCAGGUGAAAACGCCAACGCCGAUGACGACGAAGGAGGAGAUACUGGCGACUUUGAACGUGUCGAAGAGAACUCAUGGACGCUUGCAUUCCUCUGAGAAGCACGCUACUGUUGUUUUUUCUGUCGGCGUCGAUGCUUCUUCCGGUGUUGCGCUCGUGAUUCAGAAGAAGCCGCCACCGCGUCAAUUUUGUCUUCCCCUUUUGAUGGCACGGAAACAGUCCUUCAGAAACUUUCUUCCUUGGAGAUCUCAAGCCGCUCGUUCUCUUCGUCAGGCGCCCAUUUCUUCAUUCGUGGUACUCAUACUACAUCCUGAAUCAGAUACCCCAACUCGUGGAGGUUUGCCUUCAAGUACUGUUCGCGACCGACAAUUUGGAGAAGUUAUGUCCGAUACCCUGGAGGCUCUGGGAUGUAGUUACUUCGAUAGAUUGAUGUUUAUGGAUGGAUUUUGGGAGAGUUUGAAUUUAUUAUCUGCUACGCAGAGCGCUAUGCGCCUGACGGAAUUACCAAUAUCGGAAGUUUUGAUUACGUCAGAUCUUUUAGAUGCUGGUGUUGCGAUUGCUG